UUAUUAUUAUUUUAGUUUUCGUUAUUUCGUUAGUUUUCAUUAACUAUAAUAACCUUGUCUUCCACAGCGAGAUAGAAAAAGCACAUGACUAUCAUGAGCCAAUCCUGGCUCAUAAUACUGCACCUAAUGCUGCGACAUGUACUGUACAUCGGAACGCCAAGUUGGAACUGGGAGUGACCUCACCUCUGAGUCCACAGAGAAAUCGGAAAAACUAGCAACAUGUCCACAGAUAAAAAUUGAACACUACUAUGUGUACGACUGAUUCACUGUGACACAAAUGAGACAGAACUUUUAUUAACAGGAAAAGAAGCAGUGUUUGUACAGUGGCAGCCAUCAUGGAACCCUGUGUCCCGGUUGGUGACGUUGCUUCAAUGCACCUUAAACAUAAGACAUUUCUUGAUGCAGGGGCAACAAACUAGUUCAUAAAAAAUAUAUAAUCAAUUCAUUAAUAAGAUCCUUCAGUUUUCCCCAGAACAAACAUGUGUGAUUCGACAUUUUCAAAAGCGAAUUUUAAGUUUUGUUUUUGUUUUGUUUUUUAAAUUGGAGAUUAAAGCUGUUGUGAACUACAAAUAUUUGUGCUUCCAAAAUUGCAGCAUAAACUUCACUAAUGUCAGCUUGAGUAUAUGCUGAAUAAUAUGGGUUCUAUACUGUAAUUCACUGUAAAUCAUUGUCACUAAAUACAUAUUAUAAUUCUUUUCCUGUAUGAUUUAUAUUAUGUAGCUCCCUUCACUCAAAUAUUCAUGAUUUGAGUGAAUCAUGAUUUGAGUGAAUCUUUACAAUCUGGGCGUCCCAGAUUGUAAAGAUUGUAAGUUUUGGAAUAUUUGGAAAAACAGAAACUUCAAAGAAUAAUAUUUCAAACCCACAACAGCUUUAGACAAAGUUCUAUUUACAGUGUAAACUUCAGCUUAGACUGGUGGAAAAUAUUUACUCAAGCACUCUUGAGUACAAAUUUCAAUAUCAUACCUGUGCUUGGACUAAGUAUUUGCAUGUAAUGCUUCUUUAUACUUUAUUUACUUCUGUCUUGACAAUUAUAACCAAAAAAUCUGAAGGGAAAGCAUAUUAGACGGACUUUUUGAGUUAUGAUGCGUCAUGGGUGUGGUAAAUAAACUUAAGACUCAGAGAUUUGCAUGUGCUGUGGGAUACACCUCAUCCACCCAAUCUAGGAAUGUCUAGCAACCUAAAAACCAAGAAACUAGUUGUGCAUGAAGAAAACAAAGUCAUGAGUAUUUGUGUGCGUGUGUGCGCGUGUGCGCGUGCGUGCAUGUGUUUAAAGUUGGGAGUGGCCAGACAGGUCGUUCCAUGAGACUGCAAACCUCACCUGCACUCGCAAUAUUUUAGCAGUCACCAUGUACUGAAGGUGUCUGUGUGUGAGAGACGCGAUUCAGUGACAGCCAAAUAACAAACAGAAGAAACAUAAACACCGACUUCACACAGCUGGGGAUGAGUGAACGUUUCAGAGGUGGCCUCUCGGGGUCCUCAAGCCCAGGCCUGAGGCUUAUUCUCUUGGGGAACCUGGGAUGUGGAAAGACUUCAUCAACAGACACCAUCCUGGGCCAACUGUCCCCCAUCUCACCCACUGCCUCCAGGAGCUGCCAGCUGCGGCAGGGCAUCACCGAGGGCAGGGACGUGACUCUGGUGGAGGCGCCGAGAUGGUACUGGAACGGCGGCAAGAUGGAGAAAAGUGUCCGGGAGGAGACGGAGCGAGCAAUGACUCUGGUAGCUCCAGGUCCACAUGCCAUUUUGCUGCUGGUGCCAGUUAGCCAGUUCACGGAGAUGGAAGGUCGUGUACCUGCAGAGCUGGAGGAGGUGUUCGGGGCUGAGUCACUGGAUCACACCCUGGUCCUCCUGACAUGUGGAGAUUACUUGAUGGGAAGAACAGUGGAGGAAUACCUGCAGAAUGAACACCCAGGCCUGCGGCAGAUAAUUGGGCGAUGCGGGGGGAGGUACCAUGUCAUCAACAAUCGCCAGCGACAGGACAGGGAACAGGUGCAUGCACUGCUGGAGAAGGUGGACAACAUGGUGCAACAAAAUGGGGUAUACCACAUGAAGACAACCCAGGAGCGAGAAUUGGAAAAACAAGUGAGCGAGAGACGACAAGAAAUUAUGGGAAGUUACAGGUCUCAAAGGGAAGAGAUGAGAGAUGUCACAUCGAGGCGCAUCGUGACCACAGAAACGCAGAGGAGCAUCAUUAGUGGAGACGAGGGCGGCAGCACCUCAGUGAGAAGGCGACAAGAGACAUAUGACAGGGAGGGGGGAGUGAGUGUGACACAAGCGGCGAAUGGUCUUCAUUCAGCUCCAUCACCAGAGCGGCAGUCAUACUCUGAGCUGUAUGAUGACAGGCAGGGGAAUAGGACGCCCAGUUUCAGACUGAAUGCAGAUGGAGCUAUACUCUCGCAAAUGUCUGACGUCGCAUCAUCUCCAACAUCUACUAAGAAGGUUACUACUUUUCAUCACAGAAUCAACAGCUUUGAGGGGAGAUCUCCUGAGGCCUCUCCUACUUCUUCUCACUUACCUGUAUUCUCCUACCCCUCCUCAUCACCAGCUUUUACUCCCACCUCUUCAUCCUCAUUCCACUCAUCCUACUCAACCUCUUCAUCAGCCUUUGCUGCAACCUCACCCUCCUCACCCUCAUCCUACUCAACCUCUAAAUCAACCUUUGCUGAGACCUCACCCUACUCACCCUCAUCCUACUCAACCUCUAAAUCAACCUUUGCUGAAACCUCACCCUCCUCACCCUCAUCCUACUCAACCUCUAAAUCAACCUUUGCUGAAACCUCACCCUACUCACCCUCCUCAACUUCCUCAUACCCCUCAUCCUACUCAACCUCUUCAUCAGCCUUUGCUGCAACCUCACCCACCUCAACCUCCUCAUUCCCCUCAUCCUACUCAACCUCUUCAUCAGCCUUUGCUGCAACCUCACCCACCUCAACCUCCUCAUUCCCCUCAUCCUAUUCAACCUCUAAAUCAACCUUUUCUGCAAACUCUUCAUCCUCAUUCCCCUCAUCCAACUCAACCUCUUCAUCAGCCUUUGCUGCAACCUCACCCACCUCAACCUCCUCAUUCCCCUCAUCCUAUUCAUCCUCUUCGUCAACCUUUGCUUCUGCUUCACCCACUUCGUCUUCCUCAUUCCCCUCCUCCCCUUCACUGUCGUCAUCCUCUCCGGAGCUGCGCCUGGUGCUUCUCGGUCGAUCUGGAGCAGGGAAGAGUGCGGCUGGCAACGCAAUCCUGGGGCGGGAGGAGUUCAAGUCGCACCCGGACAGUCUCACAGCCAUCACUCAGGAGUGUGAAAAAAAGAAAGCACUGGUUGAAGGAAGAAAGGUGGCAGUGGUGGAUACUCCAGACUGGUUCAAUUCAGAGCAUUCUCCAGAUGAAGUGCGUGCUCAGAUCUCCUCCUGUGUUGCUUUGUCCAGUCCUGGUCCCCAUGCCUUCCUCCUCUGCGUCCCUUUGGAUCAGCCUGCAAAGACCGAGAUCCAGGCACUCAGAGCUAUUGAAACAGUGUUUGGCCCUGAAGCAGUCCAGAAUUACACUCUGGUUCUGUUUACUUAUGCAGACAAACUGAGGGAGACUGGAAAAGCAGGAAACAACAGCGUGGAGACCUACAUUGCCAACCAGCGGGGGGAUUUUUUGAGUAUUGUGGAGAAAUGCCGGGACAGGUUUCAUGUGAUGGAGAAUGAGAGGGGGAAUGUGGCAGAGCUGCUAGACAAGGUGGAGCAGACUGUGGUGGAAGCCGGAGGACAAUGCUACUCUUCUCCUGCUUUUCAGGAGGCAGAGGACAGAGUGAGGCAGAAGCAGUUCGAGAUAGCAAGGGAGAAAAAAGGCAAAAAGCCAGUAGAAGACGUUGUUCAGCUGAGCUCUGAGAGGCGGGUUCUCUAUCCUUACAUGCAGACUGUGGCUGAAGCAGAAGAGGAAGUGAGAGAGGAUGAGAUUGAGAAAACAAGGGAUGAGGCAGAGAUGAGAGUAAGCACCAUGGACAUCCAAAGUCUGCCUCCUAUUACACUUUCAAGCAUAUCUCCUUCACUCUUUAAUACCUUGAGGGAGAAAAUACCCAAACUUAUGGCAGACGGUUCUUUUUGGGUUGGUGAGGGAGCAAAGAAGGUGAAAGGUAGUCCAGUGUGGGGAAAAGUUGGCAGCGGAGCACAAAAUAUCCAGAAGAUGGUGGUUGAUAGUUCAAUGUGGGAAAAGGUGGGAGCAAGUGCCAGACAUGCAUCCAAACUAGUCGGAGACAGAGUUCCCAAGGUGGUGGUGGAUAGUUCUGCAUGGGUGGGAUCUGGAGCAAAAGCAGCAGCAGCAAAUCCCAUGUGGGAAAAAGUUGGUUCCGGGGCCAAACUGAUGGCUGACAGAUCUGUGCGUGUAGGAGCUGGGAUUGGAAGCGGGGCAAAGAAUGUGGCGCAAAGUCCAAUGUGGGGAAAAGUAGGAUCGGGGGCUAAGACUGGAGCCAAACUGAUGGCUGACGGUUCUGUGCGAGUUGGAGCCGGACUUGGUGCCGGCGCAAAGAAGGUGGCACAGAGUCCGGUGUGGGGGAAGAUGGGCUCUGGGGCCAAAGCAGGAGCCAAAAUGGUGGCUGAGAGCCCAGUGUGGGAGAAAAUGUGGAACACUGCUAAAAAGGUACCCAAGGUGGUCAUCGCGGGUGCAUUGCUGGGUCUGCUGCUCGGUGUGUUUUUGGGUGGAGUCAUCGGUGGAGCUGUCGGUGCAGCUGCUGGGUCUGCGGCUACUGAAGUGGGAAGACGAAAACUCGCAAACAGAAACACGUCAGAUAAGACGAUUGAAGCUGCAAAAAACCUGGAGAGAAAAGUGAACGACAGCAUGGACUCACUGGUAAAACAAGGAGGGAAGGUUUUGAAAACUGAAUGAAGAGUGUUUAUAAAGUGCUGAGUAAAUGUCAAAGCACCUUUUUUGUUUGGAUUAGGAUCACCACAUUCUGUGAGUCAAGAACGGUUUCUGUUGGCCUUUCUGUGUGUGUUGCUUCUUAUAAAUACAGUUUAUGUAAGUGAUUAUGUAUACGAUACUUUAUAAACAACUUCAAUCUGUAGUAAACUUGGCACAUUACAAAGUUCUAAUGUAUAUUAUGCACUGAGCAAAAGUUGCAUCAAAUUCACCAGGAAAAUAAUUGUGCAGUUAUUGUGUAAUAAUAAUAAUUAUUACUAUUGCCAAAUCUUUAAUCAGCUAUGUAUUUAUUCAUGUUAAAUACACACAAUGUAUACAAUAGAGUAAAUUAAAAUGUAAUUUCUGUAAGUUAUGUUAAAUAUACUUUACUAUGCACUACACUGGUGACUCGGCGCAUUCUCCUAACAUUAAAUUUUCCCUUCUAAAUUAAAAAAAAACUUUGAUUCUAA